UUGAGAGGUCUGGUCUGGAAGACGACGACGGCAAGAUGGGACGUUACGCCGUCCUCGUAACAGGCCCGGCGGGCUCUGGGAAAUCAACGCUGUGCUCUUCCCUCAUCACGCACGCCCAGGCACAGGGCAGGAGCAUGCACCUCUUCAACAUGGACCCGGCCGCGGAGAAUUUCGAAUACGAGCCCUCGAUUGAUAUCCGGGACCUCAUCUCCCUCGAGGAUGUCAUGGAUGAGAUGCAGCUGGGCCCCAAUGGCGGUCUCGUCUUCUGCUUCGAGUACCUGAUGAACAACCUCGACUGGCUCGAGGAACAGCUCAACAACGCCUUCGAGACCGAUUACCUCAUCAUCGACUGCCCUGGCCAGAUUGAGCUCUACACCCACACCUCGCUCCUCUCGCGCUUCGUCAACCUUCUCACACAGAACUUCAACUAUCGGCUAUGUGCCCUCUACCUACUCGAGUCCAACUUCGUAGAUGAUGCGCCCAAGUUCUUUGCGGGGACGCUGAGCGCAAUGAGCACCAUGAUCAACCUCGAGGUGGCGCAGAUCAAUGUCAUGAGCAAGAUGGACCUUGUCAAGCGCGGCGAGACCGGCGAGACAAAGGGCCUUCUCGGCAGAGCGGGGCGGACAGGGAAAGAUAUGGAUCGCUUCCUCGAGCCAGACCCAUUGCUUCUCGUCGGCGAAGCCAAUCAAAAGACAAAUCCGCGUUUCCACGCCCUCAAUCAAGCCAUUGUCCAGCUAAUCGACGACUUCAGCAUGGUCUCCUUCAUGCCCCUCGAUGCAACCGACGAAGAGAGCGUCGGCGCGCUCCUCUCGCACGUCGACAAUGCAAUGCAGUACGGCGAGGACGAAGAGCCAAAGGAGCCAAAGGACAUGGACAUGGGAGACUUUGCAGAUGCCGACAAUGAGGUUUAGAAAGGAAAAGGAAAGAGUCAUAAUCUGUAUCAUACCAAUCGUGCAAUCCACCCGUCUUCACAGGCGAGCACCGAAUGGCUCCUGACAGCGCACAAGCUCA